GUAAAGUCAGUGCAAAUUUAAUCAACAAUAAAAAACAAUAACAAAACAAUCAGAAUGAGACACACACCUUUUAUUUCAAGAACUGUUUUAGUUAAAAAUGGUAAUGUUGAUGCUGCAUUUCGUGUGUUAAAUCGUAUCAUGGGAAGAGAAGGUUUCCUUGAACAAUGGCGUCGUUGCAGAUUUUACGAAAAACCACCACAAGUACGUCGUCGUGUUAAUUAUGAAAAAUGUAAAUCAUAUUACAACGAAGAUAUGCAUAGAUAUAUUCAAUUUACAAUGAGAACAAAUCGAGUCGAUGCAUUUCCUGGAAGUCGUUAAAAUCAUCAACAACACUAAAAAACCAUCAAUGUAAAUAUUAGACAAUAUAAUCAUUAUGUUUAUUUAAAUAUUUACAAACAUUAAAACAAUUUUAAAAAACAAAUUGUUUAUUAAAAAAUAAUCUAGAGUUUAUUAUUCAACAAACCAAUCAA